GGAGUCUGCAUGUCCGUAGACAUCCCCCCAUCCUCUGGUCUGUUCUAGAAACAGGCUCUCUGCCUUCAUUGGACUGUGCUAUCCAUGGACUCUAUGGUCCUUCUGAGAGCUCCCAAACUACCCUGCCUUGUAGGCCUGGCGCGGCAGGGUCACAUUGUCCACAACUGGAAGGCCCGGUGGUUCGUCCUUCGGCAGAACACGCUGCUGUACUACAAGCUCGAGGGGGGUCGGAAGGUGAACCCUCCCAAGGGCCAGAUCCUCCUGGAUGGCUGCACCAUCACCUGCCCCUGCCUGGAGUAUGAAAAUCGACCGCUCCUCAUUAAGCUGAAGACUCGCACAUCCACAGAAUACUUCCUGGAGGCCUGUUCUCGGGAGGACAGGGACGCCUGGGCCUUUGAGAUCACAGGGGCGAUUCACGCUGGGCAGCCGGGGAAGGUCCAGCAGCUCCACAUACAGAGAAACUCCUUCAAGCUGCCCCCUCACAUCAGCCUGCAUCGCAUCGUGGACAAGAUGCACGACAGCGGGAGUGGAAUCCGGCCAAGCCCCAACCUGGAGCAGGGAAGCACCUACAAAAAGACCUUCAAUGGCUCCUCCCUGGUGGACUGGCUCAUCUCCAACGGCUUUGCAGCCAACCGUCUGGAGGCCGUGACCCUGGCCUCCAUGCUCCUGGAGGAGAACUUCCUGAGUCCAGUCGGCGCCCGGAGCAUGGGAGCCGUGCGCUCUGGGGACCUGGCCGAGCAGUUCCUGGAUGACUCCACGGCCCUGUACACCUUUGCUGAGAGCUACAAGAAGAAGAUAAGUCUCAGGGAAGACAUUAACCUGAGCACCAUGGAGUUGAGUGGCACGGUGAUAAAGCAAGGCUAUCUGGCCAAGCAGGGCCACAAGAGGAAGAACUGGAAGGUGCGGCGCUUUGUUCUGAGGAAGGAGCCGGCGUUCCUGCAUUACUACGACCCUUCCAAAGAAGAGAACCGGCCAGUGGGAGGGUUUUCCCUUCGUGGCUCACUCGUGUCUGCUCUGGAGGACAAUGGCGUUCCCACCGGUGUUAAAGGGAACGUCCAGGGAAAUCUCUUCAAAGUGAUUACUAAGGACGACACACACUAUUACAUCCAGGCCAGCAGCAAGGCUGAGCGAGCCGAGUGGAUCGAAGCUAUCAAAAAGCUAACGUGACCGAGACCUGAGAGACCAGGACCAGGAUUCCUCCCACCUACCCGGUGACACCGACAGGGGUUCCCAGAAAAUGAGUGUUAAUGUAACUUUGUUUAUUUUGUACUGUUUUGGAGUGAGUCUACUGAAGUUUCCUAGAUUACAAUGGGCAACGGUGCUAUUUCCUUCCCCACCUUCAUGUUAACAACCUGGAAAUGCUAGAACAGCCAUGCGGCAUCAGCAUGUUGACUUUCGCCAAUCAUCACAGCCGGCCAUUCCUUGGGCACCAAAGUAGGUUUGCCUUAUAACACUAACUGGCCACAUUAUACUACUAAAUAAAGCUAGUCUCAUGGCACUGCCUCUGAAAUGCUGUCAACAGCUAUUAACUCCUUCUUUAGGAUUAAUAAAAAUUGGCAUUUGUUUCUGGCUAUUAGAAUUCCCUU